UACUAGCACCUCAUCGGGCCUUGCAUUUACUGGUCAGGCCGUAGGCUAAGCUCGAGCUCUGUAGAUCUCCAAAUCUCUAGCCUGAGGUCUUUCGGGUCUGACAUUUUCAAUUCAAAUUCGAUCCCACCGCCGAUUCGAUUCCGGCGAAUAUUUUCCGUUCACAUAUUCCGGCUGAAAAAGCUGCUCCAAAGCAAUUAGCUGAUCCCAGCGAAGUAGAGAGGAGACGAAAGUAUAAGGAAAGUAUGAGUGUGUUCGGAGGAGAUAGCUGGGCGAAGGAAGCGCAGUACAGGAAGAGAAGAAUCGAUGAGUUAAUGGCGGACAACAUCAAUUCUUCAGCUUAUAAGAAGCUGUAUAGCGGCAAAUUCGCCUGUCUCGUUUGCCCUCACAGUCCCGUCCUCGACACCCCUCUCAUGCUCUCUGCACAUAUGAAAGGGUCUCGCCAUCGAGCAGCAGAGUCAAGACUUAAGGAAAUAGAAUUAGGUAGGCAAGAUGAGACAAGCAAGAGAAUAGCCUUGUCAGAAUACGGUACUGCCACCUCGAGCACCUUGACAUCUAGCCAAUUGCGUAGAUCAGCAAGCAAACCAUUAACUGACCGCACAAAGAAAGCUGCUUCUGACAUAUUUCAUCAAAAGUUGGAGCAAAGUACUACUUCUCGAGUGGAUGAGAUCAAAUGCAACAAGGGUGACAGUACAAGUUGCCUAACUAAUGAAAGGAAUAGUCAAUCUGUUCAAAUAGGAAUCACAACAAAUCAAAUUAUCAUGCCUCAUGCAUACGACCGGGAACGACAAGAGAAGGAGCUUAAGUUCACAUCUGCUGGCUGGAAGCGUGAUGGCCAUGGGAAGUGGUAUAAGGAUGAAAAUGUUGAGUUUGACUCAGAUGAAGAAGAUCCUAAUCUCUCUCUUCCAUGACUGUUGGUUGAAAAAAAAGAGAGAUUUUAAACCUAUUUAAUCCUUUCCCUUUCAGCUGUGCUUUAUAUAGAAUCAUGAUAUUCUACUUGAUUGGAUGCCAAAACAAACUCUUUUACAGGCAUCCAUCGCUGCGCAUCACUUUCCUCAUAGGGAGUUGAAUACUAGUCAGGUCAACUUCAAGGAUAACCAGAUACAUUCAAUGUCUGAAAGUCCAAGCAAUUCAUAGUUAUGAUGCUUGCUCACGCUACAAGUUAUCAUUAUCAAUAAGCAUGAGAAAGUGAAGUUUUUAAAUUUAGCAGGAAUGCGUCUCUGUAUAUGAUGCUUUGGUUUCUGUUGGAUAUGAAUGGUGAACAUGAUGCUUUGAAUGAGCUGGAAUGCAGUGCUCUGCUGGAACUGAUUGAGCAGCUGAGGUGACGAUAGUUAAGGGCCUCUAUUUCUCUGCUACUUUCUCCCUUUGAAUCCUCAAUUUGUCUUUAGCCACAAAACCUGCACGGUGAAGCGAUUGGGAAGUGAAUUAUUUGCCCUUCAUUUUUGGCAUCUACUCCGUCCUUCCUCAAAGUAGGUGUAAAAUCACCGAGGCUUACAGUAUAGUGGUAUUUGUGAAAGUCUCCCACACAAUAGGUGUGAGCAAUUCUCAUUUCCCUCCUUUCCAUUUUCCGAUCUCCCAAUGUAAGAGAAAAAAACUAAAGAGAAAAAGUCUGAAUUUCCUCAUGUGUUGCACAAGUCUACAGAAAGUUUACUCUCUCCAGCUUCAAUAGUUGAUGAUUAUUGAGGCUUUCUUUGUCGAUAUUCUAGUUAUGAAAAGCAGCAAGCAAGAACUCAAAUUAUGCAUAGAAGUAGCAAAGAAAUGUAUGGAGUUUGUUUGAAAGUUUCAAAAACAAGUUUGCAAUAUUAUCUUUUA